GGGCGGCGGUCGGUGGGUCGCGGCCGGGCUGAGGCUCUGGCGGCUGGCUGGCGGCUGGGAUCGUCGGAGGGCGAGAGGCCGAACGCUCCACCAGCCGCCGGGCGAGGCUGGGACACGGAGUCGGAGGGAGCGCGCAGAGGAGAGGGCGAGCAUGGCAGCCCAUGGCUGAGCUGAUGAUGUCACGUUGCUUGGUGGCUGCCGUCUCCGUAAAAUAUUUACAAGCGAGCGUCGUCCGCAUCGACCCCCGGUCCCCAUUCCCCAAACGUCCCUUAUAUAACGCCCGCCCCCGCUUCCCCUUCCUCCUCCUCCCUUCCCCACUCUCCUCCUCCGCACGACCCCAUCCUCUCUGCGGCUGAGUGUACUCCGAGCACCAUGGCCGUCCUAUGCUAUGUCCAAGGUCUGCCCGUCGGGUACAUGGCCAUUGCCCUGGCCAUCCUCGCCUCCAUGGGAGGGUUCAUCUUCGGGUACGACACCGGCCAAAUCUCCGACAUCCUCAUCAUGGACGACUUCCUCCUCCGCUUCGGUACAUGCACAACACCAGGAGUCUCCAGCACAUGUUCGUUCAGCACAGUCCGCGAAGGUCUCAUCGUCGGCCUCCUCAGUAUCGGAACGCUUGCGGGUGCUCUCAUCGGUGCACCAACGGCUGACUUCCUUGGCCGUCGGUACGCCAUGUCUGCGGAGUGUCUCAUGUUCGCCGUCGGUGUCAUCAUCCAGAUCACCUCCACCCACGUCUGGCAACAAUUCGCCGUCGGACGUCUCAUAUCCGGUCUUGGUAUCGGCGCGCUCUCUGCAGCCGUACCCAUGUACCAGGCAGAGACCGCCCCGUCCCAGAUCCGUGGUACGCUCACCGCAACAUACCAGCUCUUCAUCACCUUCGGUAUCCUCGUCGCAUACUGCAUUUCGAUCGGCGCACGCGACAUCAGCGGCGCCGGCUCGUGGCAAACUGUCGUCGGCAUCUCAUUCGUCUGGCCUGCCAUCCUCGGCUUCGGCAUCCUCUUCAUGCCAGAGUCGCCUCGUUGGCUCACCGCGCACGGGCGCUACGACGAGGCGCGCCUGUCGCUCGCGGCAGGUCGCGGUGUGCCCCGUUCAGAGGUCGAGGAUCACUUUAUCAUCAACCGCGAGAUCGAGGAGAUGCGCGAGGCGGUUGAGUACGAGAAGUCGGUGCAGUCGGGUUGGGCUGAUUGCUUCACCUUCGAGCGCAAGCAGCUGUACAGGACGCUCCUGAUCUCGACGCUGCAGAUGUUCCAGCAGCUCACCGGUGCAAACUACUUCUUCUACUACGGCGCGUCGGUGUUCAAGUCCGUCGGUAUCAGCGACUCGUACAUCACCCAGAUCAUCCUCGGUGCCGUCAACUUUGGCUGCACGUUCGGUGGUCUGUACGUCAUGGAGACCUUCGGGCGUCGUCGCCCGCUCAUCGUCGGCGGCGUGUGGCAAUCCGUCUGGCUCUUCGUCUUCGCCGCCGCAGGCACCGCAAAGGACCCCGCCGAGAACAAGUCGAUAGGCAAGCUCAUGAUCGUGUCUGCGUGCCUGUUCAUCCUCGGCUACGCCAUGACCUGGGCCCCGGGCGUCUGGAUUCUGGUCGGCGAGACGUUCCCGACGCGCACGCGCGCGAAGCAGGCUGCGAUCUCGACGGCGAGCAACUGGCUGUGGAACUUCCUGCUCGCGUUCUUCACGCCGUUCAUCGUGAGCGCGAUCCAGUUCCGGUACGGCUUCGUGUUCGCGGCGUGCAACUUGACGGGCGCGGUCAUCGUGUACUUCUUCCUGUACGAGUCGUCCGACUUGUCGCUCGAGAGCGUCGAUAUGAUGUACGGCGACCCGUACUGCAAGCCCUGGACGUCGGCCAAGUGGGCACCGCCGGGCUUCAACUCACGCCAGGACCUCAUCGAGCAGCAGCGUGCCGCGGAGUCGCACAAGCCGCUCGCGACCGGCGUCGAGGAGGCACGCAUCGAGAAGACGGACGAGCCAGCGAACAAGGUCUAGCCCGCCCCUCCUCCUCCCCUCUCCGCUGCUCCGCUGCGCCGUGGGCGUUGUUCGGCUCCAAGUGGACGCGUGUGCUCGUAAAACGGCAGAUUUAAUUCUGGUGGAAUGAUCUCUAUAUGAUGUAAUGUGUACUACUAUCUACUAGCGCGUUGAGGCUUCUUGCGUUCUACGCGCACGACUUUUCUCUUUGACUUCUUCAUGAUUUUUGACGUCGACACAUCUUUAGGAUACAUAGCUAGCUGCUGCAAGUCACUAUCACCACUACCACCAUCAUCGUACCGUAUACCUACCACAAUAGUACAACAUACUAUGUAGCGCGUGCAAUGCAAUCAUCUGUAGAUGAGACGUGCAAGCCAU